AUGAACGCGACAACAACAACAGCAGCAGCAGCGGCGGCUGGUGUUCUAUCACAAAGCAGCACAGCAGAUGAAAAUGGCUCCGUUGGCGAAACCUACGACCGGUUCUAUAUUGCUUCAUGGGAAGCCGCCCUCGCGCACUGUACAUCAACACUAGAGAAAAACGACCGUCAGCGUGCGUUGAAAAUAAAAACGGCCGAUGAUUUCCGCAUGUCCCUUCGGCAACUCCGGGUUGAGCACCCAGACCAGAAUCCCCAAGAAGUAAUUUCGAUGUUAUUCCCAGCAAUUGAGCACUACGAGACGUUCGCCGGAUCGUUCGUCGCUCUGAUGGCACACGCAGUUGAUGUAUCUAUGAUGUGGGGGCUACUUUUUCUCGUGGUCAAGCUGUCCCUCGAGUCAAAGGGCACGACAGAGCGUAUUCACCGCAUGCUCAGAUCAAUCAGCAACAAGCUGGAGAGACUGAACGAGAUUCUUACCACCGUGUCUGACUUUGCAAAGUUCAAGGCUCAGAUGGUGGAGAUCAACCGGGAGAUUUUCAUGCUGUGGUUCAAUAUCAUCAUGAUCUUUCGAACCGAAGACAAUGGCGACGAGUUUAGCUAUUUGCAGAAACUCACUGUCAGAUUCGAUUCAACAUUCAAAAAUACCGAAGAGCAGGUCGACUCACUCAUACAACACAUUGGGGAAAUGGCCCUAAUUGCCGACCGACAAUCUCAUAUGGUUGAUCUUACUAAGUACUAUCAGGCCUUGGCUUUGCAGGCUGACUCCAAGUCGGCGAGUAUACCUUUCCACACCAUUCCAGUCCCGAGAAACGCUCGUUUUUUCGGGCGUACGGAUGUUCUUCAGGAGAUUGAUGAGUAUUUCUUCUCAUCAAAUUCUCUCUCUGGUAUCCACUCCCUGGCAAUAUAUGGCUUAGGGGGGGUUGGUAAAACGCAGGCUGCCCUGGAAUAUGCCUGGAAGAAACAGGAAGCGUUGGAUGCUGUGAUAUGGGUACCAGCAGAGAGCGAAAUAGCCAUUCAGCAAGCUUUGAGUCACGUAGCAUUGACAGUACUCAAGCUCACUGGGGCAGACUCAACUUCCCACAAACAAAAUGCCGUCCUUGUCAUGCAAUGGGUUAACCCUAGCGCCUGUCCCUGCCCUACCCCAGGAGGCAAGAGAAGCGGAUUUCUAACUAACAUUCAUAUAGAUGCUAAAUGGCUUCUUAUCUAUGAUAACGUCGAAACUCCAUUGAUUUUCGAAUCUUACUGGCCGGUGUCGAAUCAUGGUUCCAUUUUGAUCACGACACGCAAGCUUGGUUUGACGACCCAGCCUAUUGCAAAAAGAACUGAAUUGCAGGAGUUCGAUGCCGACGGUGGGAGACAGUUUCUCAUUCACAAUAUUUUCCAGAGGAACAUUGUAGAAGGCAGCCAGGAGUACGAGAAGGCCCUCGAAAUUUCAGUUAGGUUGUCUGGCCAUGCUCUCGCAAUCAGUCAAAUGGCCGCCCUUAUCUUGGUCAAGGGAUUAUCAUUGGAGAAGUUUCUUGUCAUGUAUGACAAGCAUUCAAAAAGAAUGCAUCGCGAUAGAAAGAAUGGAUGGAAGUAUCCUGGCUACAAUCACGCAAUCGAUACUGUCUGGGAGCUUUCGUUCAGCGAGUUAGAUCAAGAUGCUCGCACAUGCUUGGGCAUUCUAUCUUUCUUGAUGCCCGAUUCGAUUCCCCAAGAAAUUUUUGAGGCGUCCGAUAUGAGCAUGGAACAGUUCUCUCUUCAAUUUUGCGAAGAUGAGUAUAUGCGAAGCGAAGUUUUCGAAACUUUAGCAAAUCUUGCAUUGAUCAGGAUAAAUCACGAUACUGAUUCCAUUACUAUCCAUCGACUUGUUCAGUCAGAGUUUCUGUUUCAGAUGACCCUGGACGAUCGACAAGACGAAUUCGAUGCUACGAUUCGCCUUCUCUUGGACAAAUUUCCGUCUCGUGGGCAGAGCGUAGUUGAUGAGAGGAACUGGAAGCAAGCUGAACGAUACUUACCACAGGUCCUUAGUGCCUUUGAGAGAUACUGCGAUACCCAAAAAGAACAGCAUCCGCUAAGAUCUUCUCUAAAUUUUCUCAAUCUAAUCUGCGACACUUUAUGGUUUCUCGCUACAAAUGACAGUGCAGGAAACCGAGACUUUGUAUUGAGCGUCGCGUAUCUUGCCUGGGAUAAAUGGGAUAACAAAGAAGAAGCACCUCUUAUACAUGCUUACAUACUGGCUAGAGGAAGCGACCAGGAUCUAUGGAAUGGCGAAUUCAAGAACGGAGUUGAAAAGGCUCACGAUGCGUUAGAGCUGGCACUUCAAUAUCUUGAACCGGACAAUGAGAGAGUUGUUCAGUAUAAUAGUGAUUACGGCAUUGCUUUUGGAAGCGACGGUAACUACAAGCGAGGGGCUGACUACCUAAGUCGGGCUGAAGAAUUCUUCAAUGCAGACCCCGAGCGCUAUGGAAUUGCCAAGGGUAUUUUGAUCAACGCCAACAUAUCCCGAAACUCAUACUGCAACGGUGAUUUCGAAGACGCGGAGGUUCGAUUGAAUAGGACCUUGGAAAUGUCGCGUGAGAUGGGAAGCUUAUACUGGGAAGCACUAAUCCACUUUGCAUUCGGCUCUCUUGGUGUUCGCUCUGGCAAUCUUGAACUAGCUGAUAGCCAUCUGGUUCUCGCCAACGAGACUAUUGAGAAGUUUGGCCCUGGACGGAACAUUCAGCUUGAUGGAAUGUACAACUACAUUGGAGGACGUAUCAGAUUAGGUCAAGGGAAAUUUCAGGAGAGCAUUGAUUUCUUUAAGAAAGCCAUCGCAAUUGACGACAUUCAAAUGACACCACGGGGGUACCGUGCACGUCAUUUGUAUGCCCUAUCCAGAGCUCAGGCAGCUCAUCUUGGAAACGAGAAACUGAGUAAGGAAACGGAGAAAGAGGCAAUCAAACUGGCUGGAAGGAACCUAAGAAUCCAGAAGAGUGACUCAGGGUCUGAAACAAGAGAAGAAUAUUGGGAGGCCUUUGAUCUUCUGAUCAGAAUAGUUGAGCGCUAG